AAUAAUAAUUAGUAUAAAAAAUAUUGGCAGCGUGAAAAGUGGUGAAGGAGAAAAGAAUAGCGACCACCCUUUUGUUUCUUAUUUUCUCUCACCUCUGUGUCUUUGAGGAGGCUAAGGUUAUUUCUAUAUGUUUUGUUGUGAAAGUGAAUUAUCUGUUUUUCUCAGAUCAGCCUCCAUUUUCAUUCCUUUCUUACUUCUUUUCUUUUCUCCCCUUAUAUUCAUAUAGUUUCACCAGGGGAAUAUUCAAGAGGUGAAAAAUAAUAUCUAGUCACUACUGCAAGGAAGGAAAAGGAGAGAAAGAGAAAGAAAGAGACGACAGACGGAGGACUACACACAUACACAGUGAGAAAGGAAAUGAAAGGAAAUGAAAAGAAAGGAGGGAGGGAAUUGAAGAAUCUUUCAAUAAUAACACACGGAAGGGAUAUGUCUAGCUAUAAGAGCUUUAUAUCCUUUCAUAUGCUGCUGCAACUCUAACAAGCAAGAAGGUGAAGGAAUUUGAUAGAGGGAGAGAGGUAAAUAAAGAAAAAGGAUAUGAUGAUGAAGAAGAAGAUGCUGAUAUGGGAAUAGCAACGCCACCACUCGUCGCAUCAAUUCUUUCUCAAGAAUCUCAACCCUCCAAAAAAAUUCACCAUCAAAUCCCAAUUCAACACAAGAGCAACAAUUCUACUAAUUCUAUGUCCCAAGAUUACCAUCAAGCAGCUGGCAUCUUCAGCUUCUCGAAUGGAUUCGAGAGAUCAGCCGUAAGCCACCAAGAACACCAACAGCAGCAGCAACAGCACUUAGAACAGCAGAUCCGGAGAGAUAAACUAAGAGUUGAAGGCUUUGAGCCGCCACCUCCACCAUUAGUAGGGAUAGAAGAGGAAGAAUCAACUUCUCUCCCUGUUUAUGAAACCGCAGGUAUGUUAUCCGAAAUGUUCAAUUUCCCUUCGGGUGCGGCUGCUGCCGCUGCUGCCGCCACUGCCUCGACCGAGUUACUAGACCAGCAUGUACAGCCGAAUUAUCGAGCACACCGGCCAGCCCCAGGUAAUACCAACGAGUGGUAUAGCAACAGGCAAGGUGUUGUUGGGGGUUUGGGACAGUUAGGUGAAUCAAAGAGUCACAUUACCCGUGACAGUUUAGCUCAACAGCAUCAGCAGCAGCAGCAGCUACCAAGCAUUAAUGCCGACUCAGCAGCUGCCAUGCAUCUUUUCUUGAUGAAUCCGCAGCAACGAUCACCAUCUCCUCCUCCACCUCCUCCAGCAACUUCUUCUAAUACUCUUCACAUGUUGCUUCCAAAUCCAUCUACUUCUCUUCAAGGGUUUAACGUAUCAGGUCCUGGAGGGGGUUUCGGAACAAGUACUGUUCUAUCUCCACCUCAAUUUACUUGGGUUCCUGGUAGUGCUCAUGAAGGAGGCAACAACACUGAUUCCCAACUCAGCAGCCUAAAUGAAAUUGGAAGUGUUGUGGAAGGCCAAGGUCUUUCACUAUCUUUAUCAUCUUCUUUGCAACACUUGGAGGCUGCUAAAGCUGAAGAAUUAAGGAUGGGAGACGGGGGUUUACUGUACUAUAAUCAAGGAGGGGGUUCGGCUGCUCAGUUUCAUCAGUACAGGAAUUUGGGCAGUCAUCAUCAGACAAUGCAUCUGCAAGGCGGAGUGGGACAAAACCAACAGGUUCAUCAUGUUGGGUUCGGAUCCUCAUUAGGAAUGGUCAAUGUAUUAAGAAAUUCAAAGUACGUUAAAGCAGCUCAAGAAUUGUUGGAAGAAUUCUGCAGUGUUGGAAGAGGCCAGUUCAAGAAGAAUAAGUUCGGUAGAAACAACACAAACCCUAGUUCUGAUCCUGUUAGUAGCGGAUGUGCAGGUGGUGGUGGUUCUUCUUCAUCAACAAAGGAUCUCCCUCCUUUAUCAGCGGCUGAUAGAAUUGAACACCAAAGAAGGAAGGUCAAACUGUUAUCCAUGCUUGAUGAGGUGGAGAGGAGAUACAACCAUUACUGUGAACAAAUGCAAAUGGUAGUGAACUCAUUCGAUCUGGUGAUGGGGUUUGGGGCAGCAGUCCCAUAUACCGCCCUUGCUCAGAAGGCGAUGUCAAGGCAUUUCAGGUGUUUGAAAGACGCGAUAUCAGCACAACUGAAACACAGCUGUGAGAUGCUGGGGGAGAAAGAUGGAGCAGGGAGCUCAGGCAUAACGAAAGGAGAGACGCCGAGGCUGAGGAUGUUAGAGCAAAGCUUAAGACAGCAAAGAGCGUUCAACCAAAUGGGUAUGAUGGAGCAGGAAGCUUGGAGACCCCAAAGGGGCCUGCCUGAACGUUCAGUCAACAUUUUGAGAGCCUGGCUUUUCGAACAUUUUCUCCAUCCGUACCCAAGCGAUGCAGAUAAGCAUCUGUUGGCUCGACAGACUGGUUUAUCGAGAAAUCAGGUUUCAAAUUGGUUCAUAAAUGCCAGGGUUCGGUUGUGGAAACCCAUGGUGGAAGAGAUGUACCAACAAGAAACAAAAGAAGAGGGAGACCAUAAUAAUAAUAACAACAAUAAUCAUACAGAGAGAGAAAGGAACCCAAACAACAACAACAAUGCACAAACAUCGACGCCUUCGACAACAGCAGCGCCAACUACAACAACAACCACCCCAGCAGGCAAAGGAUCCCAAAUCAAUGCCACUGAAAACGACCCUUCACUCAUUGCAAUCAAUACUCCCCAAUGCUUCUCGGAAAACCAAGCAAACCCCACCGCCACUGAGGUGGCACCACCCAUUUCCCAGCCUUUCACCACCACCAUCCCCCAUGACUCGGAUAUCCACCACCAAAGGAUAGCUGGCACCACCGUUGCAGCAGCGGAUUACGGGACCACAGCCGGUGGGAACACGGACAUUGGCUCGAGUCUCAUAAGGUUGGGGACCACCACGGCGGGUGAUGUCUCACUCACUCUAGGGCUACGCCAUGCUGGAAACAUGCCUGAGAAUACCUCUUCUUUCUCAGUUAGAGACUUCGGGGGCUGUUAAUUAAUUCAAUUCCAAACAUACAUUUCAUAGUAUCCUCUUAAAAUAGAAAACAAUAAUCCCAUUUUGAUUUUUUGUUUUUUUUUUUUCACCCUAUUUUCUUCAAUUCUAUUAAGAAAAAAGAAGGUGUUGCACAAUGAUCAAAACCUUAGCAUUAAGUUAGCUAGUUGUAUUUGGCUUUAUUACUAUAAUUGUAUAGUAGAAUGGUUUUACUUCUCUAUCAUCAUGUACUUAAGGUCCUUGUACCUUUAUAUUUUCUAGAAUAACAUGAAAUAUUCACUUUUUUUUAGAGGAGAAAAAAAAGGAAA